AUGUUCAUUAGUUGGAAGCGCAAUUCCUAUGUGAAGGUUGCAGUUUCUUCAACACUUGUCCUUGCAUUUGCCGGAGCUUCGUUUACGGUCAUCUCUAACAAUAGCAACAAUAUUGAGAACGAUGCUGGAUUCGCCAGCAGAAGAACUUUCCCAGUGGUUGAGGUUCAGAAGCACAAUCACUCUGAAGAUUGUUGGAUUGCAAUCAACGGUGAAGUCUUCAACGUCACAAACUUCCUUCAAGUCCACCCAGGUGGUAAGGAAAGACUCAUGAAGUACGCAGGCAAAGAUGCCUCCAUCGAGUUUGGCCAGAUGCACUCGAAGGAGGUUUUGGCCAAGAUGAGUAAUUUCAUCGAGCACAUGGGCUCAUUGGAAGGUGAAUUUGAAGAGGAAUUAACACCAGAGAUGUUACAAAUUAGGGAGAAUCUCCAGAACAAACCUCCGAUCCAGGCAAUCUUUAACCUGACCGAUUUCGAAUUUGUUGCAAAACACAUCUUACCACAAACAACCUACAUCUACUUUUGCACAGGUGCUUCAGAUGAGUUCUCCAUGAGACAUAACCACUAUGCCUAUGGUAGAGUGUUCUUUAGACCAAAAGUUUUGCAGGAGAUUGGCCCGCCAGACUUAUCUACGACUUUCUUAGGCGAUGAAGUUCAAAUGCCACUAUACAUCACUGCCUUUGCUGGGUCUAAAUUUGCCCAUCCAUUAGGAGAGAGGAUUCUUCAAAGAGCUGCGUACGAUAAUGGCAUCAUGCAGAUGAUUCCAAAGCUUUUGUCAUAUCCACUUGAGGAGUUCUUUGAAGAAGUUCCAGAUGAUCAGAAGCACUGGUUUCAAUUGCAUUUUGAUUCUCAGGAGGAGCUGGACAACGUUGAGAAGACGAUUAAGCGUAUGGAGGCUACAGGUAACAUGAGAGGCUUGUUUGUUAACGUUGAUCUCGCAGACUUGGGUAACAGAGAAAGAGACUCGAAGAAGAGAGUUGAAGAUCAAGAUGCUGCAGAUCAGUUAUCAGUGAUAGCCAAUAACGGGAGGGUCAAAUACCCAAGAAGAUUCUGCUGGAAAGAGAUCAAGAGAAUCCAAGAGGCCACAGAUGUUCCAAUCUGUCUUAAAGGUGUUCAAAGGGGCGAAGACGUUGUUCUCGCAGCCCAAAAUGGUAUCAAAGCAUGUAUCCUUUCUAACCAUGGAGGUAGACAACUAGAUUUCUCUCGUCCGCCAUUAGAGGUUCUUGUCGAGGCCAGAAGAAUGUUAAAGGAAAAGGGUUUGGAGAACAACAUUGAGCUCUACGUUGACGGUGGUCUCCGCAGAGGAUCUGAUAUCGUCAAAGCUUUAUGUCUUGGUGCAAAAGGUGUUGGAAUGGGACGUCCUUUCUUAUACGCUAUGUCUGGCUAUGGCGAGGAAGGUGUUAACAAGUUGUUUGAAAUCUUGAGAGUUGAGAUGGUUAACAAUAUGAAGUUACUGGGGGUUGACAAGAUCUCUGACCUCAACGAAGACUUGGUUGAUGCAUCCAACUUGUCAAUACGCCACUACGGUGUUACUGAUGGUCUCUACGACCAGGCAUAUGAGAGAUUGCUUUACCCAGAGUAUAAGAAUCUGAAACAACUGGGAAAAUAA